CUCCCGGGAAAGUGGGCUGGGCAAAGGGAAGCGGGGUGGGGAGGCUGCGGCUCCGGACGUGAUUUAUUGACCCGCUGGCUCCGCCCAGUCUGCAGCUGAGCUCCUCGCCGCGCGGACGUGGCCUGGACCAGCCCAACGUUUGUGCGCGGAAACAAUUGCAGUGAGGACCGAGCCUCUUAUUGUGCUCACCACAACCAGCUGCAGCACAGCGAGCUACGGCUGGUGAGUCUGAGUGGCCGUAAGCCAACCCAGACAAGGCCGUUUUCGUCGGAAACGGACGCGCUUCAUCCGCGCAGUCACCGCCCCCAAGCGAAGGUGGGCGGGGUCGUCCGGAAGCCGAGGCCGGCUCGGAGACCGGCUUGGACCACGGUGCAACGCGUAGACUCGCUCUUGUUCGUGUUCUUUUUUUUGGACUUGGCGAAUGGGAUGUAGGAUUCAUGGAUUGUGCCACCCCGUCUGGAGCGGAGCGCCGCACGGACGUGGCGCUGGACCAGCUCAGUUCCUGGAGCGCAGAAACAACUGAAGGAGGAGUCUGCAGUUGUGCACAGCACAACGAGCACAACUAGCCUCAUUGCGACUCGCUACAGCCGGAUGUAGUGCGUGUCGACCACUACAAGUUGUUUCGUGCAUUCAAGAUGACAUCUGCCAAGGACAAUGGUGUUGUGUGCGAGGCAGGCAAGGACGCCAACGUCAAGAGCACUAAUAAUGAAGAGGAACCUGAGAAAAAAACAGUGAAGUGCGUUGCGGAAAUGGGUGACCUGCCGGACGAGCUGCUGCUGUUCAUCUUCAGCCGCGUGACGGACGGCCCGACUCUGCUCACCGCCGUCCCCCUCGUCUGCAAGCGCUGGCGGCAAGUGUCUUCGGACCCCGCCGCCUGGCGCGGGGUGACGGUCUGCGUGCAAGCCAACAGGGUGGCCUCAUCCAUUGAGAGGACCGUUCUCACAGUAGCUCCAGUCGUUGGCAGCCUGCAUGUCAGUCUCAGUGAAUCGCCCCCAGUGUCAGGAGGCCGCCCCAACAACCGUUUCCUGCGUGCCAUAGAGAAGGUGGUUGUGUGCACUGAGCUCUCAUUGCAAUGCGAUCCGCCACGCUGGCUACGCAAGGGGUACCUGGAGUUAGUGUGGCGUAGCCGAAACCAACUGAAGCGGCUGUCCAUAGUAUUGGACAAUAAGACGAAAACUGAGUUGGGUCAUAGCCCUGUGGAUGUUCUCUCUCAGAUGCCCUGUCUUGAAGAGUUGACAGUGUACGUGCACAAAAAGUUCGUGUACAAAAGUGGUGAGCUGAAGGAUUGCUUUCCCAAUCUGAAAGGAAUCAAGGUGGUGGAGAAACCGACUGGUACAAGGCAGCAUGAUUUGAUCAAAGACCUCUUGGUGGAUAGCCUUGUCCGUGCGCACUUUCGCCCGUGCUUCCCGCCACGACCGGACCUGCUCACGGCACUGGAAAAGUGCCAGAAAAUUGAGAGCUUGUACUUGAACUGGGAAUUCACCCCCGUCUUCAAAAGUCUGCCUGCCCUCAAGGACGUUACCAUUGAUCUGACCGUUGAGGUGCCACUUCAGCCGGAGAAAGUAGUGCAGGCAUUUUGCUCAUUGUACACGCCAACAGUAGAGAAAGUGCACGUCCUGGUUGAGUGGUGUGUCUUCCGGUGCUCGUGGCUCGUCCUUGUCAAGUCCUGCCAGUCGGGAGUGCGGGCCUUGAAGAAACGUGGAUUCAAUGGCACCAUCACAUACGCCAUGGUUGCGUGAAAGGACAUCGAGAGGGCAACCGUUUUCGACGCUUGGGGACACCAGAUUUCAUAAGAGACGAGAUUUCGUUGGAUUUCGCAAGAUUUGGACCGAUUUGGCGCCGAUAUUUUCCUUGCUAUCUGCCCUUUGUGGGGGAAAAUUUCAGAUAUCCAGAAAUUUCAUGCUCUCUAGUCUCAAGGGCUCUUUAGACCCAUGGUUUCCCGAGUGGUUGCCCCCUCGAAACACACCCACAAUGCAAAAAAAACUGCGUCGUUUGGUGCGGAAAAUGGGCACGGAAAAAGUAGAAAUGUUGUGUACGUUUUAUUCCUAGUAUAAGUAUCUCAUAUAAACUGGUAUGGAAAACAUGCAUGGAACCUGUGCCACACUUUCCCAGUUUUUUAUCUACGAAUGCAUACCAGUGGGAGUUGGGACAGAGUCCUUUUCAAGAUCCCAAUUUGUUCUCUCUAAAUCCAGAGUGGCGGGGCAGUUAAUCUCAUCCGAAGGUUGGACGUAAAGCUCCACUGGACCUCAGCAAAACUCUCUAUCAAUGCGUGUGUUUCAUGCCCUUGUUAAUCAAUUUUACAAUGAACUAUCAUAUCCCCUGUACAUAUCUAGUUUACUGUCGUAUUUUGGAUGUAUCACCAAGUUGUUCAUGAUACUGUACUUCUGUUUUUCGCGUCUUUAAAGGCACUAUUUUUUUUCUUUAUUUUUGUGUCACCCUUUGUUGGGGGUACAACAUUUUAUCACCUCAAAAGUGACUAAGAGUCGCAUUUGAAUCGUGGGCCGGCUUGAAUUCUCACCGUCGCAUAUGUCUUCAUUGACAAUGCAUGGGUUAAUGUAUAAAGAAUUUAGGUUGUACAGAUUGAAUUCUUGUGAAAUAUGUUGAACUACGGAUUAUAUGUGUAUAUAAUGUAACGUUUCUAGUGAAAAUUUUCAAAAAGAUGAUUAGGUUAAACAAAGUUAAAAUGUAAAUAACACUUGACUAGUUAACUGUCUAUGGUGUAGUGAAUUUUCAUCUCAAAUCUGCUUAGAAAUUCGUGAAUUUAUGUUAACAGACGUUGGUCUGAAUAUAUUGAAUUCGUGAUACUUUGGGUUUUUGCCUCUUUGGAGGCAAGAUUUUUUCUUUAUUUUUGUGUCACCUUUCGUUGGGGAGACCACAUUUUAUCGCCUCAAAAGUGACUAAGAGUCGCCUUUGAAUCGUUAUUGAUGACGUUAAUCCCAAAGCUUCGACCGGCUUGGACUCACACCAUCGCAAGUGUCUUCAUUGACAAUGCAUGGGUUUAUGUACAAAGAAGUUAGGUUGUAUAGAUUGAAUUCUUAUGAAACAUGUUGAACGAUGGAUUAUAUAUGAGUAUAAUAUAACGUUUUUAAUAUAAAGUUUUUAAAAAAAGGUAAAUGUUGAAGUUAAAGAAAGUUAAAAUGUGAAUAAUAUUUGACUGGUUUACUGUCUAAGGUGAAGUGAAUUUUCAUCUCAAAUAUAUGUGUAUUUAUGUUAACAAACGUUGGUCUGAAUAGCGUGAACUCUUAUAAAGUAUGUAUACCACUAAUGUACAAUUACUGAAGUUAUCUCUCCUUGGCUCGGAUGAUGCAGCCGGGCUGAUUGCCGUCGCUGCUUAACCAAAGCUCUUCUGUCCAAAUCUUAAAUUUAAAAAAAAAAUAAUUUCAAAAGUUGUGCUAGUGGAUCGUGUGAUCGAAGUCAAAUACUUCUACCGUAUUUCGUUAUUGCAAUUCAGCAAAGAGAAUAGUAUGUUUAUUUUUAUACUAUCGUUUGGCACUUUGAACGACUAAGGAUUGUGUUGCUUUAAGAAUUUCGACCCGUUUUGACAUAGGUGCGUGGGUACUGCGUACGCCCAACACUUAAAAAAACUUCCACGAUACGAAGAAAAUGAAGCCAGUGGAUCUACUUUACAUUAUGAAGAAAUGCUUCUCGUUGGAUGUCUCGCUUCUUUGGGUAUCCAGUCACUUUGGUUAAAUGUAAGCUCAUUUGUGGCUGAUUCAUAUCCAAACGAGAGUGGCUCUAUUCUGAAAGGAGAGUGACAUUUUGUCACAGGAGGUUUAACAUCAGUUCGGUCUACCUACAGUGCACCUACAAAUCCCUGCGAAAUUCAUGAUUUUCUUGUUCUUUCUCGUUCUUUUCCUUCUUUUUAAGUGGGCGUGAAGAAUCAGCAUUCGCUUUCCCGGGUAACUUUAGAGUUCGGAUGGUCUGUGUCUUUGGCACGCUGCUCAUGCACACCGCUGUGAUAGUGGUGAAUUAAGUUCACAGCGAGAGAGGAAAAUAAUUUUAGCAUGUCACUCAGAAAAUCGGCUCAAUGCAACUCUGUUCUACAACACGCUUUUGGAUCAUAGAAAACCAUGGUGUGUCCUGUUUCAAUUUUCAUUCCUGCAUCUCUGUUUUGCUUUUGUUGUUUAUUCGUCCUUGAUCUGUUGAUCAUACUAACACGUUAAUAAAACGAAAUGGCUCUGUUAUCUUUUCUACAUAAAAACAAACACAAAAAACAAUUUUAUCUUUGUGGCAGUAGUUGUUGCAUUUGAUGAAAAAGAACUUUCUUGGGCCGCAUGCAUUUGGAGCAUUGUGUACUGUUUUCAAUUUUAUUCCUGCACGUCUGUUCUGUGUUGUAUAUUCGUGUUUGAUCUGUUUAUUAUACUAACACGUUAGUGAAAUGAAAUGUCUAUGCUAUCUUUUUUACAAAGAAAUAAGCCAACCAAAAAAAGGGGGAAACUAUUCUAUGUGCAUUCUUUUCUACGUAAAAUAAGCUAACCAAAAACAAAAAAACAAUUGGAUCUGCAAUCUUUUCUAAAAAAGAAUUAAAAAACACUUUUCUAUCUCUGAGGAAGUUGGUGUAUUGUUGUUGGUGUAAUAGGACUUGUAGGGAGAAUACAUUCGGAGCAUUGCGCACUUUGCUGUGUCCAGUUCAAAUUUUUAUUCCUGCGUGUUCUGAUUGAUAUUUUUUCGGGUUUGAUCUCAUGUUGUAAACAAAAUGUAUUGUCUGUUAUUACAUGAAAAUAAAAGAGACACAAACAGAUAAACACUACUCUACCGCUAUGAUGUAGGGAUCAAUGCAUUUGAAGCGUUGUGAAACAUGCUGUCCUGUACUUAUUUAUGUUUCUGCACGUCUGUUCUGAUUAAUAUAUUGUUGUGUUUUAUCUGCUUAUUAUCUUGAUGUUAAGAAAAUUACAUGUCUCUGUAAUCACAUCUCCAUUAAUCUUCUACCUUUAAGGCAGUUGGUGAAUUGUAAUAAGACUUGUAGGGGAGACUGCAUUUGGAGUAUUGUGAACCAUGCUGUGUCCAGUUCUAAUUUAAGUUUCUGCAUGUUCGUUCUGAUUGAUGUAUUGUGGUGUUUUAUCUGUUUAAAUUAUUGAUGUUUACGAAAUUUAAUAUCUCUGUAAUCACAUCUACAUGAAACUACAUGAAAUAAACAA